GUGAAUGUACGUCAGACAACGCCAUCUAUAUUCCACUAGCAAAAUUAAAUUCCGUCGGUAAAGCAGCGCUCAAUUGGCAAGUGGCGCUUGCUCUGUUUUACCGACCGAGCAAUGACGAGCUGUCAUGGCGAACCGUGGUGUACGUUUUCGUGCAAGAUAAAACAAAAAUAAUGAUUCCUAUUAGGAAUAUCUUAAAUAAGUGCUUGAAGAACUGCUGUGGUUACUCUAAAGUAUCAUGAUUAACGUGUGCUAGUUAUAAUUAGACUUAAGUUAGUGAAAAUGGACAAGAAAAAUGCGAUUCGGAGAGCCAAAAGGCCUUCUAAGGUUCUUGAAGAAAACUAUUGGGAUUGCAGCGUUUGCACGUACAGGAACAAUGCAGAAGCCUUCAAGUGCUCGAUGUGUGACGUCAGGAAAGGCACGUCAACCCGAAAGCCGCGCAUCAACCCGGCGCUGGUGGCGGCGCAGGCGGCCGGCACCGCCCCCACCAGCUCGCAGAAGAGACCUCGCUCCGCCAACUCGCUCAAAAAGAAGCGGCGACCCCCUCGCCUCAGCAACGUCGACCGCAGCUCCGCGCAGACCAGAGAGGUAACAGUAAGCGGCGUAACUGUGGUCAUUACAGAAUACAAGCCCAAGAAAUCAGUGUCCAGUAGCUCCAGUGACGUGGAAUCCUCCAACGACGCGCGUCCGUGAUAUCCAGGUCACUUCCAAAAGGUUUGGCUGCUGUUGGUACUAUUAUUUUUUGUGCUUAAAUAGUUGUCAGUGGAAAAUAUCUGAUACCAUACCCGAAAGCUGUAUGUACUACGUGUAGUACAAAUUCGUAGCUCUCAUGAAAUAAAUUGUACCUACUUCUGUUCAGGCAAGUUCGAAUUACAAAUAUGAAACGAGA